AUGAUUGAGCCUCUGGUUCUAUCUGCAGGAUUAACGAUAAACGAUAGAAAUACACGAUUUGAAGGAAAUGAGAUGAGCCAAGCAUCAGGUGUAUCUAUGAUGGGGGAGCCUGGGUCCCCUGGUAAGGGGUUAUCAUCAGAUCCAAUUGCCAUGGAGAGAAUCAAAACUGAACGUCCCUUCACAUCGCUUCUCAGACCAAACACUUCAAGGCCAGGUAGUGCAUUGGCUAGAGGAGUGCAGAUCACAGAGUUUGAAGAUCCCAGGAUAAAUCCAGAGCCAAUGUUGAUGGAGGAAACAGACUUAUUACUAGAGGAAUAUCUAUCACCUAGGAAACUGAGGGCAUUAACAGGUGUAGAAGAUCUUGAUGAAGUGCAUUUUCUUGAGAUGAAAGUCGACACGACAGAUACGAGUCUCGGCAACUUUGGCGCUAUGUUACCAAACCUAUCCCAGCUGAAAUUAUCCAAUAGCAAUAUUACAUCUGUCAGGGACCUUGGAUCAUCACUUACCAGCCUAAAGGUGUUAUGGAUGGCCCGUUGUUGCCUGGAGAAUAUAGAUGGCAUAUUUAGCAUGACUAAUCUACGGGAACUUUACCUUGCCUAUAAUGAGAUCUCCGACAUUAGUCCUUGUAGCAUGCUGGAAAAUGUACAAAUUAUUGACUUAGAAGGGAACAACAUAGAAGAUAUUUGCCAGGUAGAAUUCCUAGCUUUGUGUAGCAGUCUCUCCAACUUGACAUUAGAGGGAAAUCCAAUAUGUGUCACACCAAAACCCGAUGUCACCUCGGAGGAGUAUGAUUACCGUGUGGCCGUAAAGAAGUCAGUGCCACAUCUUACCCUUCUAGAUGAUGAACCCCUAGAGGAAGUGACAUCACAGCAUCGUAAGGAUGCGUCAGUUUUUGAUGCUGACUGGAAACUUUUGGAAGAACUUAUGCAAGAUGGGUCUGUGCCACUGGGUAGUUCUGACAGUGUAGACCAGGUGGCAGUACCAGCAAGACCCGUGACUUCAUUACGUCCAACAAGUGGGUACAGACCUGGGUCAGUGCUACGCCCUACCUCAGCCAUGAGAAGACCAGGGACAGGCAUGAGGCCCACAACUGCUAGGCCAACGUCUACUGAUUCAGUUCAAUCCACUGGGGAUGAUGCUAGUGAUCUCACUAAAGGAUCUGUGGUUUGUGGACCCCCCUCUAAAGCCUUACGUACACGGACUAACCCUACCAAGGUGUUACCACCCAAAGACACUGACAAGCCUAAACUUUAUCCACAGAGCCUUUUCCAGCAUAAAGCAGAGCACACUUAUGAUGAACCACUUGAUGAAGAAACUGCAGAUGACAUCCUCUCAGAGUUGAAAGCAUGGAAGUUAGAGAAUCUACAAAGAAAGGAAAAAAUAGAAUCCGAACGUGCACCACAAGUAUUAAAAAUAGACUAUGAUGACGCUGUAUCAUUAUCAGAUGAAGACCAAGAUGAGGAAAUACUAUCAGAUAAUGAAAAUGAACCAAUCACAGAGCAGAAUGAUCUUGCGUCAAGUAGAACGUCACAAGAAUCAGGUUUCAGCAGUUCGAUGGACACUCAACCCUUGAGACAAACAAGUACAAGUUUGCAUGAUAUGACACCUAGUAGAAUCUCAACAGAAUCUGGGGUUGAUAUGACAGAGUAUAGAAGUGAUGUUCCAGCAUCUUUGUUGCAUCAGAGUCCACAGCAUUCCCCACUGCAUAGCAGUCCCCAACACUCUCCACACGCGCCAACACCCCCAGGAACAAAACCAAAGCAUAUCAGUAGUAGGAGGAUGCGAGUCAAAUCUAUUGAAAAAGAAAAGGACAUUAAAAUGUUGAGAAAGUCUCGAAUGCAAAGUGAUGAAUCUUUUGAAAUAGAAGAAAAUGAUUUGUCUGGCUCUAAAUCACAAAGUGAUAGUAAUCUUAGAGGAGGGGGAUUAGAUCUGAACCAGGGUCCGGCACAGUUUGAUGACCAGGGGCGUCCCAUUUCAGGACCAGCAGCAUUUGCUAGGAAUAGUAAAUUUAGGUUUGAUUCAGCCGAGAAAACCCAUAAUAAAGUCAUUGAUAAAUCAAGACCAGUGAUACGGACAUUGAUAAAUAGCCCUGAGCGAAGUGGCCUUGACCCAACCAUGCGUCAUAAUACAGCUAGGGCUGCCGUAAAACUUGCUCCAAUUCCUCCAAUAGGGGGCAGUAGAAUGAGGCGACAGCUUCCACAAGUUGCAACACUACCAUCCAGACAUAUAGUGCCAAAGUGACAUCUUUAUCAACAAAUGUGAACUUACGAUAACAUUAGAAAUGAUCUCCAAAUAUACAGGAUGGUAGGGGAUUAUAUUGGCACAUUCCAAAUCCUCUCAACAAUGUUGAUAUGAGGGUUUUGAAAAAUAGAUUUGAUAACCCUUUAAAGCUUAGCUCUUAGUAGUUUUUGGACAAAAUAUCUCAACAGGAUCUCAUCAUUGUUUGCCAACGAGAUAUCUUGUUCAAAACAAAUGCUUUUGAAAAGUGGGCAACUUUUGUGAUCUGAGAUUUACUUUUUGAAAUUAUGACAUUUUUGUGUCAUUGUCAUUUGGGGAGUCAAUGGCUGAUUAAAAUUCAGAACUGAGUGGAAACGAUGUUAAGAAGAUCUAUGAACAGCUCAAAGUCAACAUUUAACAUGCAUAACAUGCCAAAAAUCUAACAUAACAUUGUGAAGGAAAAAGCAUGAACUGUGUGUUAUAUUAAAGCUAGUCGUAUGCCCCACUGAAUCAGGCUGGAAAAAUAAAUUUGGAGAAACAGAAACUGAACAGAAGGUUACCUCUAAAUUGACCGAAAUGGAUUAUGGAAACAUUUUUUUCUAAUACAUGUACUCAUACAUGCCAUAAGGCUAAUUCUUCACAUGAAUUCCUGGUAUUUAGCUAGGGACAGUUUUCAAUAAUCCACAUUUUCAUAGGAUUUGAUAUUACUUUGAAGGCUAAUAGUUUCAUUAUUUACAUUUAUCUUUCUUUUAAAUAUUCUUGAUUUCACAUUCUGAUCUCAUCAUAACUUUCUGUCUUGUAUAUCAAAGCAAAACCAGGGUGUCAAAAAAUUAUGCUUGUUCAGGACAUACAAUUUAAAAGAAUGUACAUUUCAUGCUUGCUUAUCAUAUAUGAAUACAUUUUACUAGCUGAUAGUCAUAUCAGAAACUGAAGAAAAAUUUAAACAAUAUGAUUCCACCCAUCUUUAUUGGUAUUUAUUACAGGAUAUAAACUCAGGAUUAAAUGAAUUGUAGGUGGAUUUAAUAUACAAGUCCGACGUCUGUGUAUUCUUUGAAACUGGCAUACCAGAAAUGGGUGCAUGCAAUCACAAUAUAAUUCAUUGAGUCAUGUGCUUUAACAGUAAGGCUAUUGAGAAUUACGGCAAUGGUUAGGGGUUUCAGGUAAAAACUGACAAUUUAGGUAUUUUAGUAACUUUGACCAGCUCUAACUUUCCUCCUUGGAGUCAUAAUUUUUUCACCUAAUUCAAGAAAAGACAGAACGUUUCAUAUUUCAAUAUAUUUUUGCAAAAGGUCAAUGUUUUCGUUUUAUUACAGUUUUUCUUAGAUUUACCAUACAUCUGUAAGUUGUAAAUUAUAGCAUAUAUUGUAUUCAGAUCGGCCAGAAUGUGAGAUGUAUGAAAGUGAAACUGUGACUAUGGUCCUUGCCAUAGAUUUUGUAUUAUUUUAACAUUGUUCUGUGUACUCGUAUUCAAGUGUGAAUGGAUUAAUGAUAAAUGUAUGCUCAAUAAAAAUCCGUCCAACUUCCUUUAUAUUGCUUAUUUAAUGAUAUUUUUCAGUCCAUAAUAGCAUGCAACAUAAUAAUAAUUUAAGUACUGUAGUUUAUUUAUUAAAUAGUUUUAUAUCUCUCCAGAAUUCAGAAGAGGGCAGUGUAUGUAUAAUUGUACAUAAAUGGGACCAUUCACUGAUUUAUCAAUACAUAUAUACAUGUAAUUUUGUAUGAAACAAAAUAAAGAACACUGUGAUUAAUAAAGAAUAUUAGGUGA